AUGAAUGGCAAAUCAAUCACUGGGUGUCUCAAGGCGAUAACAUAUCAUGGCCUUCGUCAACUCAGAAUAGGAUACAGACGGCACAUCAAGGCAUCCCAUGCUGCCUGUUUCCGCUGUCGAGCCAGAAAGGUGAGAUGCGACCGAGUGCGGCCUCGGUGUUUGAUGUGUGAGAAGCAGAAGCUCGACUGUGAGCGCCCAUCGAACCCACCGCGCCUGCGUUGGCUACCUCCUCGCACUGGCCUCAUCCACGAGACUGCCUGGGAAGAGCUAUCUGCACGCAGGAAGCCUUUGUUUAGCGGCAUUACCUUGAGGGGCAUAAACCCGACAAUUUUACAGUCCUACGUUCAGCAGACGAUUCAUCAUCUCUCUGAGUUCGACAAGCAGAAGCAAAUAGCUGGGGGUCGAUCUUCGAAUACAUGCUGGCCGGGAUUUGUCGCAGCGUGUAAAGCCAUUGAACCUCAGACGAGACAGGCCUACUAG